ACGUCCUCUCAAAUCUUUGUCUCGAGGGGUGUUGCGGGAGCCCGGUCGACAAGGUCGAGUGGAACUUCUCAACGACCUGCAAAUAGGCCUGGCGAAGGGAUGGCGGUUAUAGCGCUGGUGACGAGCGGCGACAGGAGGAUAUACGCGCUUCCUGGACAGCUGGCUGACGUGGAGACGGUAUAUGGAGGUGGUUAUGAGGACGAAGAUGAGGAGCCUGAGUUGUCUGCCGCCAUGAAGCUCCCUGUCGAAGUGGUCCAGAAGAUCUACCAACAUCUAUCGCCAAUGGACUUUGAUUCAGCGAGACAUACAUGCCGAGUAUAG